GGUGUGCAGUUCGAGGAAAUGACCAGAACGAAAGACAACCUUCCCCGCAAAAAACAAAGUGCCAAACAAUCUUUCGAAUACUGAGCUUGUGCGUACCUGAUUGCGUCACCCAUUCCUUCGUCACCGUUAAUAUUCGCAGUGAUUCGCGCCCAUUCUGAAACGGCGUCAACAAUUUACGACGCAUCUAGAAACAACCAAGCUGGCACAAGCUCCUACCUCACCAUCACGCCACGUCGGCGACGGCGGUUAGGGUUCCGACGAGUAUCCGUCCAAGGCUCUAUGCUGAAACUUCGCAAUCAUUUGUUUCAGCUUGUCAGAGCAAUUACUGAACCCGCCAUCUCCGAGCCUUAUCCUCGAUUAAUGAACAUACCGCAUUUUCAGAGCAUUUAGUGUUUCUUUUCGAUUAUUAUUAUUAUUUAUUUUAGACACCAUUGUGUGGUUCUUCCGAGGAAUACGAUGUCGUUUUUACGACGCAGAAAGGCCCCUGUGAAUCCCGCGCCACGUGACUCGGAUCACGAGGCGGAGGAGGAGGAGGAGAAGAAGGAGAAAAAGGGUAAGAAGGUAAAGUGGAAGAGUGGCGAUGGCGAAAAGAUAAAGAAAUGGUCGUGCCUCGAUAGCUGUUGUUGGUUCGUGGGAUUCGUAUGCUCAAUUUGGUGGUUCUUGUUGUUUUUGUAUAAUGCAAUGCCGGCGUCGUUCCCUCAGUACGUGGCGGAGGCAAUUACAGGGCCGUUGCCGGACCCUCCCGGCGUCAAAUUGAGGAAGGAGGGGUUGACGGUGAAUCACCCGGUUGUUUUUGUGCCCGGUAUUGUCACCGGUGGAUUGGAACUCUGGGAGGGUCGUCAGUGUGCGGAUGGAUUGUUCAGGAAGAGGUUAUGGGGCGGCACGUUUGGGGAAUUAUAUAAAAGACCAUUAUGCUGGGUUGAGCACAUGUCACUGGAUAAUGAAACAGGACUAGACCGUCCAGGCAUUAGAGUUAGGCCUGUAUCGGGACUUGUAGCAGCUGAUUAUUUUGCACCUGGUUAUUUUGUCUGGGCUGUUCUAAUUGCUAAUUUAGCCCGCAUUGGGUAUGAGGAGAAAAAUAUGUACAUGGCUGCAUAUGAUUGGAGAAUCUCAUUUCAGAAUACAGAGAAGGGCUUGUCUUUUUAUGCUUCAUUUGACCAGGUCAGGGAUCGAGCUUUGAGCAGGAUAAAGAAUAAUAUAGAACUCAUGGUGGCUACAAAUGGUGGUAAAAAAGUGGUUGUUAUUCCACAUUCGAUGGGUGUUCUGUACUUUCUGCAUUUUAUGAAAUGGGUUGAGGCACCAGCACCAAUGGGUGGAGGGGGUGGGUCAGAUUGGUGUGCCAAGCAUAUUAAAGCAGUGAUGAACAUUGGAGGACCUUUUCUAGGUGUUCCAAAAUCUGUUUCUGGACUUUUCUCUAUAGAAGCUAGGGAUAUUGCUGUUGCCAGGGCUUUCGCACCAGGCUUCUUGGAUAAGGAUUUAUUUGGUCUUCAAACUUUAGAACACCUAAUGCGGAUGACCCGAACAUGGGAUUCAACUAUGUCAAUGAUACCAAAAGGUGGGGAUACUAUAUGGGGUGGCCUUGAUUGGUCACCUGAUGUAUACUAUAACUGUAGUGCAAAGAAGCACAGGAAUAAUGACACCUACAGUGCAUUUCAAAAUGACAAAGAGAAUCUUGAGUUCAUGAAAAAUGCAAAUUAUGGAAGACUCAUAUCAUUUGGGAAAGAUAUUGCUGAGUUACAUUCCUCAAAGCUUGAGAGGUUGGAUUUUAGGGGUGCUCUUAAGGGUAGGAACCUUGCAAACACAUCUAAUUGUGAUGUCUGGACAGAGUACCAUGAAAUGGGUGUUGAGGGAAUCAAAGCUGUUGCAGAUUACAAAGCUUACACUGCUGAUUCAGUUUUGGAUCUGCUUCAUUUUGUUGCCCCCAAGAUGAUGAAGCGUGGAGAUGCUCAUUUUUCUUAUGGGAUUGCUGAUAAUUUGGAUGAUCAGAAAUACAAACAUUACAAAUAUUGGUCUAACCCCUUAGAAACAACAUUACCAAAUGCUCCAGAUAUGGAGAUUUACUCUAUGUAUGGGGUUGGGAUCCCUACAGAAAGAGCCUAUGUCUACAAGCUCACUCCUCAAUCCGAUUGCCACAUUCCCUUUCAGAUUGACACAUCGGCUGAUGGUGGAAAUGAGGACUCGUGUCUAAGGGAUGGAGUUUAUAGUUCUGAUGGUGAUGAAACUGUUCCUGUUUUAAGUGCUGGUUUCAUGUGUGCAAAAGGUUGGCGGGGAAGAACCCGCUUUAAUCCUUCAGGAAUCCAUACAUACAUAAGGGAGUAUGAUCAUGCCCCUCCAGCUAAUCUUCUAGAAGGCAGGGGAACCCAGAGUGGUGCUCACGUUGAUAUAUUGGGAAACUUUGCAUUAAUUGAAGAUAUUAUACGAGUAGCUGCUGGAGCCUCUGGUGAGGACUUAGGCGGAGAUAGAGUGCACUCUGAUAUUUUCAAAUGGUCUGAAAAGAUCAAUUUAAAGCUCUAGAUCCACAUGUACGAGAUCGAAUACUGUCUGCUUCAACCAUUGUGCUUUGGGAUAGAGCUGGUAAUAUGAGCUAUGGAGCUGAUAGACCAGUAGUGGAGACAGCGGCAGCUUGCUUUUAACUCGGAGUAUCUGUUGAAUUUCUUCGUUUUGGAAAGUGCUGAAUCUGUUUAGAAACCCCCAUCCCCAAACAAAAAAGAAAGGAAAAGAAAUUAUACCAAGUUCUUAGUUUUAGGUGCAGGCUUCAUGCUUGACGAGAAUUUUGUUGAUUCCAUUCAUUGAUUUGAUUAUAAUCAAGUGUAUUAGCGUCAAGUCAGCUCCAUUUUUGGCCCGACUAAUUUUUUAUACGCUGCUUUGACUACUUUGUUGGUCAAUAAAAUUUUGAAAAGAUUAUGUGC